UGUUAUCAAUUCUGUGCCAGCUAACAUACAAAAUUGGAGUUUGCCCUCAGGAAAAUUCGUUAAGGACAUUUUUGCUGAAAAUAUAUCUCGACAUGCUGAAAUCUUAAAAGAUAAGAAGAAAAUAAAUGCAGAGGAGAAAGCUACCUUGAGAUAUGGCAUGUCAAGAAUCAUCGAUCUCUCAGCACAUAUGCGGGGAUGGUUUUCUGCCAGUGAACGUCAGCAUAUGAUGAAGGGCUACGAAGAAAUUUUCAAAAUUCCCGAGUUGGCAGAAGACGCUAAUGAGUUCAUUGCAAAGGUGGAAAAGAUGGUAAAGGAAAACGAUGUUAAUGGAGCAUACAAAUAUUGUCUCAAUCAGCAUGCAGAUGCAUCAGUCC